AUGGAUCGAUCAACGUUUGUUGGUUUGCUCUUUGCCAUUGCUGCACUGACUUUCAUCUUAAAUGGCUUAGUUAUUGUGCAUGGUUUGCUUAACAGGCGAAAAUUCUUUACAGCAUACGAUACCACGCUGUUGUUUUUAAUGGUAUUUGAAUUUCUACAAGGAGUUGUUGGUUAUCCAAUUGAAUUAUUAAUAGACAUCGAACACGGAGGUUUUCCAUGUGUUUUAGCUGGAUAUUUAAUAACAUCUCUAGCCCUGGCUUCAAUUUCGCUAUUAGUAGCAUUAGCCUUAAUGAGAUUAAUAUCAGUGAUGUAUCCAUUCAAGUCACGCCUGUUGUUAAAGUCUAAGAAAAGCAGCCUAUAUUUUAUUGUACCAUCAACAUUAUACGGAUUUGCAUGGGGCACCUUUCCCCUUCUUGGCUGGAGUGAGUAUUCUCCCGAGCUGAACGGCAACAAAAGAUGCUCUGUAAAGUUGGUUGGUCGAGACAAGAACACUCUUUCUUAUCUGUAUGCGUUAAUGAUCUCAUGUUAUUUCAUACCAUUAGCUGUUAUGUGUGUUUCCGGUUUCGUAAUAGCAAAGAGGCUACGCAAAGGGAUUGACGGCAAUAAUGUUACACCGGAACACACUAGAAAGUUGCGACUAAGAAAGGAAAGACGAACAACAUUGUUUUUAUUUGUUAUCAUAGCAGCAUUUCUGAUUGCUUGGACCCCCUAUGCAUUGAUGAUUUUUUCUAUAUCGCUUGGUAAAAGUGUAACCACGAUUUGGCUUGAUUAUUCGUCACUUCUUGCAAAAAGUUCCACCUUCUACAAUCCUUUGAUUUACAUGAUUAUGCAGAAAAGAAAUAGUGUUGGGCUUUUCAACUUCUUAACAAUCAAACGAACGUCAAGUACCCAUAAUAGAAAUAUUAUUCUACCUAGUCGCUCUAAUAAAAUUCAAGGUAAACGCACAAAUGAACAUAACAGUUCUCAAACUCUCCAAAAUAACAUACAACUUUAAAAAUAAACAGCGUGUAUUUUUUAUUAUUAUUAUUUGUUUUGACACACAAUAAAUGGAAAACGUUUUGCGUGUACUAAUUUUUGCGACAGCUACUUCCUGAAGAUCCUAUUUGAAUAAGUUUUUCUGGUUCGCUGCUUAACCCUAUUCGCCCGAGCGAGGGGUGAAGGGGCGGAAUCCACCCCACCCUCCUAAUGUCUUUUUUUAAUAACUUCUUAAUGCUACAUUGCAUGGCUAGGCUACCUACUGAGUUUCAAUAUUUAUCUAUUAGACACCUGCAUGCCAAAUUUUUAGAUCUCGUACCGUUCAGAGGCUUUGAUAUUGGCUAUUACUCGAAACUACCCCUAAAAAUCUCUAUAAUG